AUGCUCCGCAGCCGUUUGUUUGCCCCGCCCCCGCUAUCAACAACGCCGCUAACGUGUCGAACAGUCAGCAAGAUCGUCUUUGGUGACACCUCCAAAGAAGCACUCGUUGAGAUCCCCCAAGGCCAACUUUACCUCGUCCGUCCGCUCUCGGUUAAAGGCUACUCGGAGCUCAUCUUCAAAGACGCCGCCGCCACGAUCCGCCGGACAGGUCAGGAGUUCCAGUACCAGCUUGUGGUUCAGAGGGCAUACGAGGAAGGCGAGGAGGAACUUGUCGCUGAAGAGACCGGUGAAGACAGCGUCGGAGACCUCCUAGCAGGUGGUGAGAAGGACCAGAAGACAUUCCUGCUCGACGAGGAGCUGCAGUUCCGUACCGACGUUCGUCAAACGGGCGAGAAGAUCUUCGCGUGGCGUGACCUCAGCGGAGAGGAAGGCGAUCUCUGGGAGUUUGUCUGUGACGCUUCGGUCAAACCGGAGACUGCCGCUCUUUUUGAGCGGGUUGCCCUUCAGUGCCAGUACGAAAGGAAAUACCGAAGGAGCCACACCAACGCCAGAGAGGAAGAGCUAGAGGCUUUGGCAUACUCCGAGGAACCUAUCCCACCCGCGAGCCCGGUCGCUAAUCCAGUUACAAGAGGCCCGGCUGUAGCUGCCCCACCCGACGCAACUGAACUGUUUCCCAACACCACGAAAGCAAAUAUGGCGAAGAAGGUUGCAGGCAAAGCGCAGGCACCCAAGGCAGAAGAGCCGACAAAGGCGCCGCCAUCUGCGGCUCAACCUCAAGCCCUGGGCGUACUGGCCGACAAGACGGCCGAGCUACACCUCUUUGACUUCCCCACCGGUACCUUCAUCUUGCAAGAGGCCAAGGUCCAGGCUACCGUGACUGAGAUUGGCCACUGGGAGUACUGGCUGCACAUCGCAGGCGAAGGGCGGGAAUGGUUGGGCCAGCCUAUCGUGGAAGACAUUAAUCCAGUGUUCAACUAUGAAUACAAGUCCUUCAUCUUCAACCACUACCUUGAUGAUGGAUCGGCGUACUCUUGGCUUCUCCGCUUCCAAAACGAAGAAGACAUAGAGGACUUUCAGCAGGGCGUGAUGCAGGCCCUGUGGGAGCAUUUGAACCAAAUGAAGUGGGGGAAGGCUAAGGACACGGACAGAGAUUAUGUCAUGGAAGCCUUCCAAGACCUCACCAUGGAGGAUGCCCCAGAGGAGGAGGAAGAAGAGGAUGAGGAUGAGGAUGAGGAGGAAGAAGAUUUCGAGGAUGCCGAUGAGGGCCAUAGAAGCGAACAUUACGACGAGGAUGAAUCUGAAGACGAUACGGAAACGCAAGACAAGGACGGAGUCAACUCCCAGCUGGCUGUGGGUUACAAACAUGACAGAUCCUUCGUUGUCCGAGGCAACAAGAUUGGAGUGUUCAAGCACACCGCGGAUAAUCAACUUCAGUUCGCGACCACCAUUCGGGAUGUCAAGACGCCAAAGGGCAAAGCCUUUAAUCCCAGCAAGGUCAUGCUGCACGCUGAGGACGCGAAUAUGAUCAUGCAGAACCUGGACACACCGAACAAUCUCUACCGUAUGGAUUUGGAGACUGGUAAGGUGGUUGAUGAAUGGAAGGUUCAUGACGACAUACCGGUCAAGAUCUUUGCGCCGGAAAAUAAAUUCGCUCAAAUGACAGGGGAACAGACGUUCCUGGGACUCUCCGGCAAUGCUCUCUACCGCGUAGAUCCUCGCUUGCCGGGAAACAAACUCGUUGAUGACCAGCUCAAGCAAUAUGUAACGAAGAAUGCCUUCUCAGCAGCGGCUACGACGCAAAAGGGACAUAUCGCCGUCGCCUCCGAAAAAGGAGACAUUCGCCUGUUUGACCGCCUCGGUAUCAACGCGAAGACCCUCAUCCCUGCUCUUGGAGAUCCUAUCAUUGGCAUGGACGUGUCAGCCGACGGUAGAUGGGUUUUGGCGACAACGCGCACGUAUCUGCUUCUCAUUGAUGCUUUGCAAAAGGGAGGAAAGAAUGAUGGAAAACUUGGGUUCGAGAAACCGUUUGCGAAGGAUGACAAACCUCAACCCCGACGUCUCGCACUGGCGCCCAGCCACGUGGCUCAGUUCCAGCACGAGACAAAGGCACCGAUAUCGUUUACUCCUGCCCGCUUCAACAUUGGACUCGACGACAAGGAGACAACCAUCAUCACUGCGACAGGGCCCUUCAUUGUCACCUGGAGCUUGAAGAAGGUGCUUGCGAAUCGGAAGGAUCCGUACAGCAUCAAACGCUACGCCGAGGAGGUUAAGGCAGAUAACUUCAAGUUUGGUUCGGACAAGAACCUUAUCGUGGCCCUGCCCAACGAGGUGGAUAUGGUAGCCAAGCGGUCGUUGGCCAGGCCGACGCGUGAAAGCAUUGCGACCCCGACGAGGGUCGGACCCGGGCGGCGGACGAGGGGUAGUUAUCUUGGCCGGGACGAUAUUGUCAACAGCCCUUACUAA